CGUACGCGAGAUCACGCUCGCCGACAUCUUUCUGUACCGCCUUGCUAGCGGGUCGUCGGUGAACCCUGACAACCGGCCAAUGGUCAUGGUCAUCGCGCAGCGCAACUCGAAGACGUGCAAGGACGCCCGUCUUCAUCACAGCUACGCGGCGAGGCACUUAGAGGCGGAACUGUGUGCUGUGGGCGAUACAAUCCUCUGGCUGCACUUCAUCUACGACCAGGUCCCCCAGAUCUUCGGCGUCCGCAUAAUUCCGCCGCUGGACGUACGCCGACCGGAGCUCUGGUACGACAAGCAUCUCUUCUUCGCCCGCUACGACAAGGAUCAGGGUUUGCUGCCGUUGUCGAGCCAGCAACGAAUCACUCGGCAGCUGUGGACGGCCAACAAGGUUUUCAUCAAGCGCAACGUGCACGCCGCUCGCGCCGGCGGGGCACAAGAGCUGGCUGACCAAGGCACGCCGCGCGCCGAGAUAGCCGAAUUGGGUCACUGGGCUAUUGACGAGAUGACGAGGAGUUACAUCACUUCAAUUCCAGUCGGGGUGGUGAUGAGGAAGGCCGGCUACUCCGGAGCCCGAAGCGACUACUUCCUGGGCCGCAGCAGGCUACCUCCCAGCGCAGACCUCGAAAAAACCAUCGCCGCGCACAUAUUUCCCGGCGUCGAGGAACAGUUGGGGGCGGCGGAAGAGCUCGCACAAGGGCCUGAGGCGAACACGGCCGCGGUGCACUUCAUCCAGACCAUGCUGGAUGCACGCCGCAUUGCGGCCGAGGACCUCGCGGUGAAACUCGUCCGCACUCCGUGGCACCCUCAGGUCGAGGCUUCGAGGCUUUGUCGGGAUCGCGACUUUCAGGCGUGGGCGAAGGACAUCGAGAAGAUUGACACCGAGACGAUCGCCAAGCGCCGGUCGCCGAUCCCGACCCAGCCAGCUGUCGACCUUCUGAACGAGACGCUGGCCCACGAGAGGCACAAAGCGAUGCUCAAGCAGAUGAAGGUAGAGAAGGAGCUCGAGGAGGCGCGUGCUGCUAUCGCGGCGAGGGACGCCGAGAUCUCCCGGCUGAUGGAGGAGCUCAAGAUCUCCGAGGCACGUAGGGCGCCAGCGCCACAGGCGCCUUCUAGGCCGACGACCCUGGAAGAGGAGGCAGCUGCGGCCGCUAAGCAUGCUCAGUUGGACGCCGACGCUCGCUACGAGGCCCUGGUUGUCGACCCAUGGAGAAAGGCCGAGACUGUGGCAGAGGCCUGGCGCUUCUGGAACUGCCCCACCACCACGGACCGCCGGCGUCUGUGCGACAGGAUCAACGAGCCAGGUUUCAUCGGGCGGCACAGCCUCCUGGGCAAGUCGUCGGCCAACGCAAAACAGGGUGAGAUGCGCCGAAUGAGGAGGGCGAUGGAGGCCGUGCGCCGCUUCCGCGCGUCAGACGGAGAGGCCGACACCGCCGCCGUCAUCAAGAAACUCGACGAGCUCGCUGCGUCGGGAAUUGUGACCUUCUGCGAUGCUCUGAAGAUCAUCGACGCCGACGCGCUACCGAUACGCACAGAGGGGAACCUGGGCAUCAAGGGGCUUUCUAAGGGUGAAAAGCCCAAGCUGACGGUUGCUUGGGGACUGGUGGCGGCGGGAUACAUGACGCACAAGUGGGGCGAGGACAUGUUCCCGACCACGUGGGAAGAGCAGAAAGCUGUGGCGGCCCAAGCGGCCGCGGAGCAGGCCGCUGGAAGACCGCCGCCGCCGCCGACGAAGACGUCCAAUCGUCGGAAGCCGGGCUGA